AUGAACGACAACAACAAGCGUGUGGCGUCGAGUGUUCCUCCUACCAUUCCCACGACACCCGUGAAGCUCGCCCAGCGUCGUGGCAGCCAGGCAAAUCCGGAGGACGAGCUUCCGGACCCUUUCAUCAUCCCCCCUCCCCACACCCGCUCCCCUCUGAUGCUCUCUGCUGAUCUUCUCUCCCAUUGUACUGUACUCUGGAAGACUGGGAUGAGCGCGAGCAACAGCGUGUUCGUUAGAAGGCAUAUGUGGGAGGAAUCUUCAGGUGUGGAGAGAGAGGCGGUCCCGGAGGAGCAGGAGGGUAGAAGCAGCGGGGGAGGGGAUAUGGCGAAUGACUUGAGCGGGGGAGAUUUGGACAGUGAUUUCGACGUGGAGAGCGAGGAGUCGGAGGAGGUGGGGGAGGAGGGUGGGAACGGUGGAGGUGAGAGUGACAUUAACGGUGACGAUACGAUCGGUCACUGUACGAACGGCCAAGAUACGGACGAUCAAGGUGUCGGUGGCGAUCAUCUAAACGGCGCUGCGAUUGGUGGAGCUAGCAGGAAGCGGGGAAGGACUCCGAGUGAGCCUGAUUUCGCGGAGGGAGGGGAUUACAUGUCGUCGAGAGGUUCUGGUUUUGCGAGGUAUGACAGGGAUAGUGGAGUGGGUGAUAAUGAGAGAGCAGAGGAGGCGGAGGAGGCGGAGGAUGAGGAGGAGGAGGUGGAAGACGACGGAUUCAGCGAGGAUUUAGAGGACGAUAACGCAAACGGUUUAGCGGAUAGGAAUUGUACGUCAGUUGACGCAAACGAUGACGCCUUUUUUCGCGGAGCCGUUUUGGAGGGUGAUGACGAGGGCGGAGGGUUUGAAGCAGCAAUCCAUCCUGCAUCCUCAUUAUACGCGGCUUCGUUAUACGCGUCCUCGUUGUCCGCCCAUUCAUUGGCUCAAGCUCCCAUGAACGCGAACGCACUAUCUGUGGCAGCUAACGGGUUAGGGUUUGGUAUCUCAACGAAUCCGUUGUUGGGCCUUAGAAGGUUCCUGGAAGUUGCGGGUGGAAGAGACGUCGAGGGCCGGGGUGCGGCUGAUACGUGUAGCGGAGGCGAAGCUGACGUGGCCGUUGAAAUAAGAGCUGACGUGGAGCGAGCUGGAGAAGCCGCAGCGGACGCACUGAAGGCUGACGUGGCAGCAGCGGAGAGCACGACGGACAUCAGAAAUAUGUAG